UUACAAGUUUUCAACAUGAACAUUUCAGUGUGCUUCUUAGAAAAGAGCACGCAAGAUCCCCACGGACUUGAGUCAAUGCUGGAUUUUGUCCAUGACAGAAGAGGGACUUCCACCAACGUUCUGCUCCAUCCUUAUCUUCAAGACGUACGCUCAUCCAGCUUCACUGCUUCAGCGCUUCUUGUGCUGCUACACAACUUUUCUUGCUUCACUGGCGAGUUGGAUCACUUCAGUUGCUGUGACACACCUGCAGUCACUCACCAAGGGAUUAUGGCCAGGUUUAUAUGCAGAGGAGACGUUGAGAAGACCGACACCAAAAGGUCGCCGGUAUUUCAAAAAUGUCGGCGCGGAUCAUCAUUUGUUGUUGGUAAUAUGUUUUGUGUUAGUUAACCCGUUGGCUGCCACGCCUCUGUUCCCCCAUGUUAGCUCUGUAGCACGGGCCCGCGCUGUUCGGUCUCGUGGUUUACAUGCCGCGGGGUCGGACAGUCGCACCAGCCCCAGAUUUGGCCGAAAGGCCCUG